CGCCGCGUCAAUCAUGGCUUAGCCGCACCCCUCCCCCCAUUCAACCACUGGGUUUAAUGUUGCUGUGUGUUUACUACAGUAUUUAGUAUAAGGGGCUAUUCGCCUUUUACAUGCUGUGAACUCUGAGUAACACAACAGAGGUUUUUAGGUUUAUUUUUAAAGAAGCCAUUCAGGAAUCCAACAUGCCCAAACGAAAGCAACAAGGAGCUGAGGGUGACGUUAAAGAGGAGCCGCAGCGGAGAUCUGCUCGGUUAUCGGCAAGGCCGCCGCCACCUAAACCGGAACCAAAACCCAAAAAGGCAGCAAAGAAAGAGAAGGCAGUGAACGAUAAGAAAGAGGAGAAGAAGACCAAGGGGAAGAAGGGAAAGGCGGAGAGCGAGGCGAACGAGGAGAACCACUCUGAAAAUGGCGAGGCCAAGACCAACGAGGUACCUGCUGUGACGCUCGCGGGCCAGAAGCUGCGCUCAUCAGGCUUCCACCGUGGGAGACACUCCUCAAGAAACUGAAAAGGAGGAAGCAAAAUCUGAGUAGCUGUACUGCCACCCCUGAACCCCCCCCCCCCCCCUCCCCCCCCCCCCCCCCCCCCCCCCUCAAACAGCCCCGCCCUGAGAAAAAAGCCCACAAAUCUCUUAUGUAGUUGCCCUCAACCUCCAUGGCAUAUUGUUAUCAGAGGAAUAUUUUUAUCAACAAUUUUAUAAAUAUCGGUACAGGUUUUUAGCACAAAACAAAGCUAGAUAUGGAUGGCCUAGCAUGUCUGCAAUGGUCACAUCAAGUGUCCCCGUUAAAGACGGAUAUAGUAAACCUUUUUUUAAAUGGCGCUUCUUAAUUGUCGAUAACUUGCUCAGUGUAGGAAGAUGGCACCAGCCGGUAGGGGUGAUUUGUGAGUUACCUGACCCGUUUUCCCCUUUAAACCAUUUCUCGUUUGCGGAUGGCUAUUAUUUUUAUCUUCUAAAUGUGCGGUUCUGAUUAGUUUUUUUUUAUUAUUAUUUUUGUUUUUAUUUUGGGGGUUUUUACUUUUAACUUUAAAAAUGUAUUGUCCAUAUGAAAGAGGAAUACAAACAUCUGAGAAAAAACAUUCCAGGCAGAGUUAUAAUGUGGGCUGACUUGUUUUAUAAACAACCAUGUUGGAAAUUAUUUUAAUAAAACAAAAAAAGAUUGCAAAAAGCUACUUCUUUUUAGCAACAAGAGGUUUUUUUUUUCUUUUUUUUUUUUUUUAAACCGAGAAAAUUCAAGCAGAUACAAAAUAUGCAGGUUUCUGUGUACCCACUCUUGCGUUCUGGAUGUCUCUUAAUAAAAUGAUCCUUGGAAUUUUCCUCA